AUCACUAGUGACGGCCUGACGGGCUAUUUUUGAAAAAAAACGAGGGUUUUCUGAGGCGUGUCACGGACAGACAUGUUAGUACAAGACCUCGGUUACUACACCGGCUGAGCCGGGAGACUUCUACUCCGUUCGGCACCUGACUAUGCAGGACCCUGAAUUCACCAACGAAGGCCCCGGUCCUUCGUGUACUGGAGCUUCCGGCUUCUCCUUUGUUCCUGGGCCUGGCGCGGCCUCCUGGAUCUUGACUACCAAAGAGGCAUUGCUGGGCUGCCCUAACCUCAGGCUGGUACUGAGUACGCCGGUGUCUGUGGCGGUGCUGGCUAUAGAGCGCUAUUUGGGAGAGGUAACAACGUCUAGUGCUCACUAUUAUGAUGUGACCCUGUCAGACGGCAUUGUGUGGGACACUUGGCACUUAUCGCCUGAGCACAACCCCCUGGUGCACAGCAACAGGCUCCGCUGUGGGAUAUGGCUGCAAAUCACACAAUGUUCAUACUGCUAUUAUGAGAAGAAGCUGAACGGCGGCCUGGUGAGGAUAGACGAGCUGAAGCUGGGGGAAGUGGUGUCCGCCGAAGCCCUUACCGAGCUAUGCAAGCGGCCUCAGCACGUCCUUGGCUCAGGAGCCGGUACCCCGCUGCUGGGUGAUAGGAGGCAUUAUCUGCCCCUGUGGAAUAAUGUGGAUCCCUAUGGUGAAGCCUGGCAGGGAUGCAAAACUCCGCAAACUGGCAGUAUGGAGGUGUCAAAAGUGUCUUUUCUGCAGAAUUUGGAAAUGAACUGGAAAUUCAGAAAGGCCUUACCACCACUGAUUGUGCGCAUCAUGCACAAAUCUCGUCUUCGCUACUUUGGCAAAUCAGACAAAAAGAUUGACAUUCCAUAUCAGGCAUAUUUUGAGGUUGCUGAUCAUUCCGGCAUGAUGUCACUAGUGUUAUGGAACUGUUUGUGUCUAGAAUGGUUCCAUACAUUUCGCGUUGGCACAGUUCUAUUUCUACAGCAGUAUGCUUUAAAAAAAAGUUACCCCAACAGGACUUUACCAACUCCAGGGGACUCGCAAAUGAAGAGACUGCGCAAUCUUGAAAUUAGCUUAAACAGCUGGGAUCCUCCAUCCAGUUUCCAUGUUGUUCAGGAAAAUCAAGUGAAACCAGAGUGGAGAUUGCCAGAAGUGAAAUAUCAGUUUUGCACAAGACUAGAACUGAAUGAUCUACCUCAUAAUCAAGCCUGUGAUGUUAUUGGAAUUGUGACCUACGUAGGAAGAUGUGAACGAAAAAGAAAAGAUGACAGUGAAGAAUUCUGGCAAUAUCGAUGGGUCCAGAUGACUGAUGGUACAACAGAUCAACCAUUUCUUCUAGAGAUUUAUGCAACUUCCCAGCCAGAAAUUUUUGAGAAUAUACAUCCAAUGACUUAUUUGGUGUGCACACAAAUGCGAGUUGUCCGAGAGUUUCCUGAUGAUCCAUCUUGCACUGUAUACCUUACAACUUCUAACGAGACUCAAGUGUUUAUAACUGGGCAUCACAAGGGGCAACCAUACACUGUUGAUAACAAGGUAAAAAGUUUCAUACACUGGACAAAGACCCAAAGUGAAGCAGAACUUAUGAAGAGAACCAUCAUUGGAGGAUAUCAUCGAUAUCCACUGACCCCAUCAACAUUUUCAGUUUAUUGCAAAGACAAUAAAGUGGAAUUGAUGCUGUCAACUUUCAAUGAAUUAAAAAAGACCAUUGCAGAGCUGCAGUACAGAGAGACCAGACGGAUCGCUGUUCGAGGAAUGAUUGCUGCUUUAAGAUUUGUCAAUAGCAAUAGUGUAGCUAUAGAUACAUCAGAAAAAGAAAUGGAGAGCAUUGACCUCACUUCGUUGCAAGAAAGCUCGGUCUCUUUUGUAGAAAAUACUGGACAACUUUUAGAAGAACAUCAUAGAGCUCAUAAACAGUCUGUACUGCCAACAGAAAAAAGGCCUGGUCUCCAACAAAACACAGGGGAGCAAUAUCGAGAAAAUUUAAGCAAAAAAAGUCCUGUAAGGAGUAGAAAAAGAUUACACCAACCUGAUGUCGAUCACUUUUCUGCCCUUGAAAACAACAGUUUGAAUGAAGUUAACCAUGACCUGUAUUCCAGAUCCAAUGAAUUUAAAUCUUUAAGAGGUAAUGAUGUCAGUUUUGAAAUUGAAAUGAAAGAAAACCCUAAAAAUAUAUGGGAAAGUGAACUAUGGUCUGCAAUCAAGGGUACUGUUGCUGAACACUUGCACUAUAGCCAUCUACCCCCAGAAAGUAUCCCUAGAAAAUUUGAUUAUUUUAGCAAGGAUUUCCUUAUGCAGCUGUAUAAUCUUCAACCAUCUAAAGUUUUAACAAAAAAAUAUAGAUCUGAUAAGGAAAUUGGACAAUUUUCAACUGCAAACAGCCUUGGCUACUAUGAACUUACAAUAUUGG